AAUCACAUGUAUUUUUAAGAGCAAAACAAACCCACAAAAAAAAGGAAGAAAUGGCAGAAUUGUUCGUUGAGCAAGCAAAACAAUAUGCAGAGACAAGGCCAAGUUAUCCACAAGAAUUGUUCGAAUUCAUUGCCUCAAAAACACCCUCUCGUGACCUUGUAUGGGAUGUUGGCACUGGAAGUGGACAAGCUGCUCGAUCUCUAGCUGGGAUUUACAAGAAUGUAAUAGGCACAGACACGAGCCUAAAACAACUAGAAUUUGCACCAAAACUUCCCAAUGUGAGAUACCAACAGACUCCUCCUGUGAUGUCAAUGGGUGAGCUUGAACAGACUGUGUCAACACAAUCUAGUGUUGAUCUAGUGACUAUUGCCCAAGCCAUGCAUUGGUUUGAUCUUCCUUCAUUUUACCAACAAGUAAAAUGGGUGCUCAAAAAACCUCAUGGAGUCAUUGCUGCUUGGUGCUACACAAUUCCUGAAGUCAAUGACUCUGUAGACUCGGUCUUCAAUCCAUUUUACUCCAUUGAUUCUGAUCCUUAUUGGGAACCGCAGCGUAAAUUGGUCGACAACAAGUAUAUGAGCAUCGAUUUUCCAUUUGAACCAGUUGAAGGAACUGACAAUACCGGACCAUUCAAGUUUGUAACAGAGAAGAUGAUGGAUUUAGAUGAGUAUUUUACGUACAUAAGGUCAUGGUCUGCAUAUCAAACAGCUAAGGCAAAGGGUGUGGAGCUACUGAGAGAUGAUGUGAUUGAAAGUUUCAAGCGUGCCUGGAAUGAAGAUGGGCAUGGCCAAAAAGUUGUCAAGUUUCCUGUUCACCUGAAGAUUGGCAAGGUGGGAAACGUAUGAGAUAGCAAAUAUUCAAAUGGUUAACGAGGUAGCUGAAAAAUAAAUUCAGACUGAAAGUUGAUAUGUUUCCAUUUCUUUGAACACAAUUGUUCAGUUUUCCUCAAUGAAAAGCUCUCUGCUCAGCUUUUGUUGGUUUGAUUCUUGAGUUCUAUUCAAGGCACCAAACUGAAGUAGUCCAUGAUUUCUGUUUCUUUUAUGAUGAAUGAUGACCCGUUCAAUUCAGACUGAAAGUUGAUAUGUUUCCAUUUCUAUGAACACAGUUGUUCAGUUUUCCUUAAUGAAAAUCUCUCUGUUCAGCUUU